UGUGUAUAUUACGGUAGGAAAAUGUGUUACAGAUUUAAAUUUACGUUGAAUUGUCACCAUUUAGUUGGACAGUGUUAACUGAUCAUUCUUUUUCACUAAAUUUUCCUGUACUUAUGGCCUAACAGAAUUUAUGAUUAUGAUUUCAAAACGGCCAAGGUGUUUUCUUGACGUUGAAGUCGGAAAUGAACACAUUGGAAGAAUUAUUAUUGAACUCUUCAUGGAGACAUGUCCCAUAACUUGUGAAAACUUCAGAUUACUGUGUUCAGGUGAAAAAGGAAUUGGCAAAACUACUAAAAAACCACUUCAUUACAAGGGUACUCUGUUUCAUCGAAUUGUUAAAAACUUUGUUAUUCAAGGGGGAGACUUUGUAUAUGGUGAUGGGCGUGGUGGCGAGUCUAUUUAUGGUGGAUCUUUCAAGGACGAAAAUUUCAUCAUCCCCCAUGAUGAGCCGUUUAUUUUAUCAAUGGCUAAUAAGGGAAAAGAUUCUAAUGGCUCCCAAUUCUUUAUAACUACUCAAUCUGCACCUCACCUAGAUGGGAAGCAUACAGUUUUUGGAAAAGUGAUUUCUGGGACAGAAGUUGUUACUUUGAUUGAAAAUGUUGAAACAGAUAGCAACUGCAGACCAUUGAAAGAUGUUAAAAUUGUCAAUUGUGGAGAAAUGGUCUUACAAGUCAAGUCAAAAGAGAGAAAGAAGAAACGGGAAGUAACAUCAUCUUCGGAUUCUGACGAGGAGAAAAAAUCUAGAAAGAAAAGAUCACAUAAAACAAAAAAGAAGUCGCAUAAAAGAGAUAGAAAAGAACAUAAAAGAUUAUCCGACAGAGAAGACGAUAAGUGUUUAAUAGAUCCUGAAGAAAUUCCAGAUGUUCCUACAAACAGAUUUUUGUUAAGAAACACAUCUCCUGUGACUCAGGAAAGAAGAAAUUUUAGUAACAGAUCAAGAGAUUCAUAUAGCUAUAGUAGAAGACCUCAUAGAUCUAAGUCAGGGAGGAAAAUAAAAGGUAGAGGUUUUAUGAGAUAUAGGACUCCAUCUCCUACUGGCAGUAAAUCUGGAAGUGAGACACCUCCACAUUGGAAGCAAGAGCAGUCAAGAUUGCGUAAAAUGCCAUUACCAACAAAAGAAACUACUCCUGACGAUUCAGGAGCUCAAGAAGGAUUUGAACAGGAUGAAGAAAUGGAAAUCCAAAACUCUUUACUGCCUUCCAGAUUGGGAAUUGUGUCAAAGACUUGGAAGGAAAGUGGUUUUGAAGACUCGAGAAAUAAUUGGAAGAAAAGUAGUUUUGAAGACUCAAGAAAGAAUAGGAAGGAAAGUGCUUUUGAAGAUUCAAGAAAAAAUUCAAGCAGAGAAAAUAAUAAAAGCUCCUCAGACAGGAAAUUUCUUGAGCGUUAUUCAUCUUAUGAAAUAGAAGAAUUCUCAAACUCUCCUAUGCGGAGCAAGAUAGUUGUUAAGUCUUCCAGACAAGAGGAAGACUGGCAUUCUGAUCGAAAAUUUGAAAGAGAUACUGAGAGAAAGGGAAGAAAAGAAUUAAGUGAGCGUAAAUCAUUUAGUAGUGAAUUUGAGCGUGGUGCCAACUUUCAGAGGCAUGUUGUAAAUGACCGUCACUCAACAACCAAUAAAGAGCCUAAAGUGCCGGAAAAAAGCGCUGAGCAAAUCUUACGUGAAAAACAAAAAAUCAAAUCUUUAAAAAGAGAUUUAUUUAAGUAUACUAAUUAUGGUAAUGAUAGUGAUGAUGAGGAUGAUACACCAGUACACAAAACUUUCUCCAGAGAUAAAUCAGUUGAGAAAGAAAAUAAAGCAGAAUGUAGUCAAGAUAACGUGGUAAUUAUUCCUGGAAUAUGUGAUGAAGACUUUAAACUAAAUAAAUCAGAUUCACAUUCUCCUGAAUUCCAAACUCAGAAAAAUUUGUCGGAAUAUCAAGUUCAAAAUGAGCCUGUAAGAUCAUUAGAUGACAACGUGAAGGAGCCUUCAGUUGAAGAACAGGAUGACCAGGGUGAAGUGCCAAAUAGGCAUUCUUCAAGUGUAGAAAAUGAUGCAGUCGAGAACACAGCUUCAGUAGAAUUAAAUGCUGUAGUUAGUGAAAACGAACCUAAUAGUACAUCUUCAUUUAUAAUGUCCUCAGAUGUUGAGCCGUUACCUUCCAGAGUUCCAGUGCAAUCAGUUGAAAACUAUGAUGUUAGAGCUAUCAAUAAUGAAGACGCUCUCUCUGUAAUCAAGUUGCAGAAAGAAGUUAAUGAAGAAUCUGAAUUUAUUCAAACUGAAGAAAAGCAUGAUAUACCAAAAAAUAAGAACUUGGAGCAAGAAAAACAUAUUGAACCUUCCACACCUUCACCUGAAGGUUCACCUCCCCAACAGAAAAAUGCAUCUCCAAUCAAGCAAUAUACCAGAUCACCUCAAGGUAGUUCGUCCAGUUCUCCACCUACAAAAAGAAAAAGAUCCAAAUCACCUAGUGAUAAAGUAGCAUCAUCCAGUAGGCAGAAUAGAGGAUCAGUAGAUCGAAGAUCAAGAUCACCUGUUCACAAACCACGUUCAUCAUCACCUCAUAGGACAGGUCGAUCACUAGCAAGUCGUCGUUCUAAAUCUCGAUCUAGAUCCAGAUCUGGCAGACGCUCAACUUCACCACCAAGAAGCAGAAAUCGGAGAAGAAUCAGCAGGUCACCAGACAAUCGAGUGCGAAGAUCACGUUCAAGACCACGUAAUGAAAGAGGAUCCCGUUUUUAUCAGCCCCAAGGAAUGAGACACUACAGUCCGCCUCGACGUGGUAAUUAUUAUAGACCAUAUGCCAAGAGCCCGAGCAGUAGAGGUAGAAUUAAAGGUGCUGCCUAUCGUUCACGAUCUCGUUCUCGUUCAUUAUCUAGGAGGCGCCGUAGGCAGAGGAGAUCAUCCAGCAGUUCAGCCAGCAGCUCAGGGCACUCAUCAAGCUCUGAUAGCGAUGCUAAAAGGAAUAAAUCCCGCAAGCUUAGGAAGAAAAAACGAUCAUCAUCGUCAUCAUCAUCUACUGGAUCAUCUGAUUCUCGAUCGGAUAGUGAUUCACACUGAGUUGUUAUUUGAGAAAGAAAAUAAGAAAUUUAGGGAUGUUGCUGAAAUAUGGCUCUUUCAAGACUGCCCAGUGGGAAGGGGAGGGGUGUUGAAAUGAGUUGUCCGGCUUAAACUCGUAGAUGUAUUGUCUCAGAACUUUUAUAAUCUUAUCAGAAACUCUUAACUAUAUGCUACUGAAUUCAGUAGCUGUCAAUAACAAAAUAAAAUUUUAUCUUUGGCAACGGUAAAUUUGAGAGCAUUAUGUUAGUAUUUACACAUUUUGUUUUUACUUACUGAAAAUGACCUUUCUUUAGAAAUGUUUAUUUACCUGGUCAAAAGUUUCUAAAUUUUAAAACUUCGUAAUUUAACCCUAAAUUGUGUAAUGAAUACUGGGAUAGAUGUACCUAAUCAUCCAUUUUGAGAGUCUUGGGUUGAAAGCAGUCCUUCCAAAACAUACAAACAAAAAAAGUUUAAAUCAAAGAAAUUUUAAAAUUAAUGAUAUAUAAUUCAAUAUUUUUGAAAUGGUUGUACAAGAUUUUGCACAAUGAUGAUUUUUUUUUUUUUUUGAAAAAUAAAGGGGAAAAAAACAUUUUUCUUAAAAUAAAGAAAAAAUAAGAAAGUAUGUUGCACAUAGAUAUGUAUGUAUCUAUUUACUGAAUAGCUUUGUUUUUAAGCCCUUUGUUAUAAAGUCUAUGAAGUGUGAUUAAUUCAUUCCUGUAAUUUUCACAUAUGAAACAAAAUUAACCACAUAAAAUGGUCCAUGAAAUCAGCCUGAGUUUUUUGGGAGCUUGACUUCCAUCUUUUAAGAGGCAAGCUGAUUUGCAAGAGAUAAUGCUGUUAGGUUUUUUUUUUUUUUUUUCAAAGAUUAGGUUGACUUUUUUGCAAAUAUUCAUAAUAAUUCUGUUUCGAGCCGGUAGAAUUAAAAAUCAUAUAUAAUUUUAGCAGCAAUGAUAGUAAUAUUGAAUUUCUGGGGUUCUACAAUGAAUAAGUGCUGAAAUAUUUCUUUUUUAAAUGCAAACAUCUUGGUUUUCACUGUAAAAAAGUAUAAUCAUUCAAAUAAGUACGUGGAUCUUUUUCAUCCUAGUAAUUUUGGUUAAUUCUAGAUUGAUAAAUCAAUUGCGUCUUAUAGGCCAAGAAUUGUGAUAAUUUUUUCAUAUAAGUUAUUCCUUCAUUUUUAGAUAAUAUUGUUGCUUGAACAUUAAAAAUAACGUUGUGAAUUUGAUUUUGUUCUAUUGAUUCAAAUAAUUGAAUGUUGUAAACAAGGUCAGAAGUAUUAGGAUGGUUUUCAUUUUGUGAAAUUUGUUUCUUUCAUUGACACAAUCCUUAUGGCACUAUUUUUCGACUAAAGAGAAAUAGUUCCAAUGAAAAUUAGUUUUGGAAUCAUGUAUGCCUCUUAUAAGUGCAAACCUGCUCUAGUGACAGGCUUUGACUAGCUUGGAGCCUGAGGCAAUUUCUCCUGUUUGUCUGAGCCUAACAGCUGCUCUGUGUAUCUGAUGUUCAUUUUGUUGGAAUUGUGUUCUCAUGUAUCUAAAUUUAAUGAUGUAACUUGUACCCAUUGUAAACUG